UUGAGCAUGAUUUCUUUGAUUUGUUUCCAAUUUCAGACUUGAAAAGUACCGACAUCCGGAGAAGUAUCAAAGAGCAGCUACAGAAUGUCUCGAAAAGGAUUGAUGGAGCAAGACCUUAGUAAGUUGGAUGUAACAAAACUGCAUCCACUUUCACCAGAGGUCAUUUCUCGUCAGGCUACGAUAAAUAUUGGUACCAUUGGCCAUGUGGCUCAUGGAAAGUCGACAGUUGUAAAAGCUAUAUCUGGAGUUCAGACUGUUCGUUUUAAAAAUGAGUUGGAAAGAAACAUCACAAUUAAGCUUGGAUAUGCUAAUGCUAAAAUAUAUAAAUGUGAAGAGGACCGCUGUCCUAGACCCAUGUGCUACAAGGCAUAUGGAAGUGGAAAAGAAGACAGUCCCAUGUGUGAUGUCCCAGGUUUUGAGAACUGUAGGAUGAAAUUGCUGAGACAUGUAUCUUUCGUUGAUUGCCCC